AUGGCUGCUUCUUCAGAUCUUUAUAUCUUUGAUGGUUCAUCUUCAUCUUCAUCUUCAAUAUUCCGAAACUCUAGUCCAGAUAUGUUUUCUUCAGACACAACAACAACAACAACAACAACAACAACAACAACAACAGCUACAGAUCUGUUCUGUAACAACGAGCUUUACUCUGUUGUCGAUGAAUCACUCAGCAUUUUCGACCACUUCACCCCACAAAACAUCCUCUCUUCAUCUCCUCCAAGUGAUCUCCUCGGAACUUUGACUCUCUCUCAGCAAAUUCCCACCGGAAUAUAUCCUAAUUUCUCAGAUUUCCAAAUCUCCGACGCCGUCAAAACAGAGAACUUCUUCGACGGUCAUGAUCAGCCGUCGUCAAUGGCACGAAGCUACGGUGCAAUAGAGAAUGCAGGGAGAUAUAUGCAGAGAAGCUUUAGCAGCAACUCGGUCGAAGGGAAACCAAAUCAGCUCCCGUUCAACAUUCCUGUGAUGGAUUCUUCAACUCUUUACAAUACACUGAGCUCGCCGGAAAAUGCUUUCUUUUCCGGUCAGAUGCGACGAGUCUACAGCACAGGAGAUUUACAGAACAACUUCGAGAUGCAGAGAUCGUCGGAGAACUCGACGGCUCCGUUAUCAGACGAACAUAACUUUAAGGUGGGACGUUAUAACGCAGAAGAACGUAAAGAGAAGAUAUCAAAGUAUAGAGCUAAACGAAACCAGAGAAACUUUACCAAAACUAUUAAGUAUGCAUGCCGGAAAACAUUAGCGGACAGUAGACCACGAAUACGAGGUAGAUUCGCUCGCAAUGACGAAGUUGUAGACAUCUCUAACAUUGAAGAUGACGACUCGGAGCUUUGGAAAUUGGAUGGACUGCAUGAGAAGGAGGAAGCUUCUAUGAGUAUGAGUAGCUUUGUGGUGCAACAGCCUCUUUUGCAAUACUCAGCUCCUUCUUCUUUUUUCUGGUGAAAGACUCUUUAAGACGACGAUGGGGUUCAAUAUUUUAUUUUAAAAACUUUCUUUGAAAGAAAUUAGCUAUAUAAAAUGGUUUUAUCGAGUCAGAUAUAUAUCAGAUAUUUGAAUGGAA